UCGUAGGUGUGGUGAGCACGCUCAUGUCUAAGUGACAUUUUAGUUAUAAAAUUCUAGACGUUAUUUUCCUGAUUUUAUGAAGGUAAUCUCGAAGAGAUUGCAACGAAUCGUACUGGCUGUCAAUCAUCUCUCACGUAACUGAAGAACAUAUUUGAUCUCACUGAUACACCAGCAAAAUGGAAACUCUUAUAGAAAAGUAUGAUGCUGUUUGGAAAUAUGAUGACCCCAGGACCACAAACUGGUUGAUGAUGCCCACGAUGGUACCAACUAUGAUAAUCACAGCCCUGUACUUCAUCAUGGUCUAUGUCGGACCCAAGCUGAUGGCCAACAGAGAGCCAUUCCAGAUCAAAAACAUUAUGUUAUUCUAUAACAUAUUUAUGGUGGUGUUGAACACAUAUAUAUGCACAGAGUUCCUGCUCUCUGGUUGGUUAGCUGGGUAUAGUUUAGGUUGUCAACCUGUAGAUUACAGCAAUAGCCCACAAGCACUCAGGAUGGCUAAUGCCUGCUGGUUUUUCUACUUCUCAAAAUUUAUAGACCUUUUUGAUACUCUGUUUUUUAUACUGAGGAAGAAAAAUAACCAGAUGUCAUUUUUGCAUGUGUUCCACCAUGGAAUCAUGCCUAUCUCAUGGUGGUUUGGAGUCAAGUUUGUAGCAGGUGGAUUUGGUACUUUCCAUGCUACACUUAACUCAUUUGUCCAUGUGGUGAUGUAUACAUAUUAUGGCUUAGCAUCUCUUGGACCUGCAGUACAGAAAUACCUCUGGUGGAAAAAACACUUGACUAAACUACAACUCACACAGUUUACCGUGGUAACCAUUCACAGUGCUCAGCUGCUCUUCAUGGAAAACUGUUCUUACCCCAAACUCUUUGUAUAUUGGAUAGGACUCUAUGCGGUUAUGUUCUUUGCACUUUUUGCCAAAUUUUAUAUUGAUGCCUAUAGGAAAAAACCAGUUGGGAAGAAAGACCAGAAUAGCAAUGCAGUAUCAAAUGGAUUCUCUCAUGGAGAUGUGACGAAUGCUUUAAAAAAAGAUUAAAGAAGUGAACAUGAGUAUUUCGAAAUCUCAUAGUUUUAAAUCCAUAUUGAAACAUGUUUUGUAUAUUGAUGGUGACAGUUGACAUCUGUGUUUUAGUGUAUAUCUUUUGUCACAAUCAUCAACACAAUUAUCCAUGUUGUUGUCAUCAUUAUUGUUCAUGAUGUUGCAGUCAUUCCUGUUUUAGAGAAGAUCAACUGUGACCAGUCUUCCAAUCAAUGAUGCUACACAUGGUUUUAUAUCUAAAAUUUCACAGAUUUUCCUUUUCCUUUAAAAUUACGUCUAAACUCAUCAGAUUUUUUCAUCGUCAGAUUGAGUGAUUUAGUUAAUUAAUUAGUAUAAAAAGUAUAACCUAAUUUCAUAUUUCAUUCAUCAAUAAAUUCAAUUUCUGUCUAUUCAUAUUCAUAU